AACGACGAGGCAGACGUGGCCUCAUUGGACUCGAGUGGUUGACACCGGGCCUCUCUGCUUGUUCGUCGUAGAUCAUCAUCAUCAUCUUCACCGUCGCCGCCUCAUCCGACCACGAAAGCAAACAUGUCUUCGCAGCUGCUGACGGUCGCGUCCAAGUUCUACGACGAGUACAGGUCGACGACUCCGAGCAAGCUGAAGCUGGUGGAUUCCUACCUGGCCUACGUGCUCGUCACGGGGCUGGCGCAGUUCGCCUACUGCUGCCUCGUCGGCACCUUCCCCUUCAACUCAUUCCUCUCGGGAUUCAUCUCCUGCGUGGGCUCCUUCAUUCUUGCAGUGUGCUUGCGGAUCCAGGUUAACCCUCGCAACAAGGAAGACUUCGUUAACAUCUCCCCCGAGAGAGCCUUUGCAGAUUUCCUUUUUGCCCACAUCAUUCUUCACAUAGUGGUCGUCAACUUCAUAGGCUGAGAGAUCCAUCAGCAUGCUCGGAGGUGUGCUGGUGCAAAACCCAUGAAAAUGUCCAUUGGAAAAGACAGUUAUGUCAGCGAAAAUCUAUCACAAAUUAAUUAGGCUCAACAAAUGUAAAGUCACAUUUUGUACACUAACAUUUCCAAAAUAAAAAUUGAGUUUGUGACAACUA